AGUCCAUCAAUCAGUGUCUAAUCUGGCAGUAGAUAACUGAUGGUGUAAUUAUUCAGUCUCCUUUGGCUACUGUUAUCUCAUUGUUGGACUGUGUUAUGGUGCUCCACUCUGCAGAUGGCAGCAUAUGAAGCGCUGUCAGGUCUCGUGCAUGUGUUGGUUGGAUCUGUGCUGUGCUCAGUCAGUGUAAUCUCGUCUCUCCACGGCCGACAUGGCGACUGUGAGGACGCUCGUGUGCUCCACGACAGACCGCAUCUGAAGCGGCUCCUGAGGACCAGCAUCACCGUCGCGCUCCGUGUGUUCCUGGACGAACUCAUACUUGCACACAGUGGAUUUAUAGUCGGGGCUGAGCGAGGAAGACCAUGGUGGAACACAAUUUAAAGUCAUUGGCGGGACAGAGGUUAGGGGCCCCAGAGACUCUGGGGAUCAGCACCCUGGAGCCCGGACACAAACCGCCUGCUAUGCCAUCUGGAUCCUUGGUGUUCAUUAGAGUCUUGCUACUGGAUGACUCAGAAGAGAUAUUCGACAUAUCGCAUCGAGCAUCGGGCCGGGAUCUGUUCGAGAUGGUCUGCCUGCAUCUGAACCUUAUUGAGGGGGAUUACUUUGGCCUGGAGUUCCAGAGCCGUCACAGAAAGAUGGUUUGGUUGGAUUUACUAAAGCCCAUUAGAAAGCAGAUCACACGGCCCCAGCACACCGUCCUUCGGUUUGUUGUGAAAUUCUUCCCACCUGAUCAUACAGUGCUGUUGGAAGAGCUGACCAGGUACUUGUUUGCGCUGCAGGUAAGGCAGGAUCUGGCCAGCAGACGUCUCACCUGUAACGACCCAAGCGCUGCUCUGUUGGUGUCUCAUAUCAUCCAGUCUGAGAUUGGUGAUUUUGAUGAAACUCAGUGUAGACAGCAUCUUCUUAACACCAACUACAUCCCUGACCAGAUGGCCCUGAUGGACACAAUCAUGGAGUUCCACCAUAAACACAUUGGACAGUCUCCCGCAGAGUCAGAUUACCGGUUGCUGGAGGCUGCGUGCAGGUUGGAGAUGUACGGCAUCCGACUCCAUCCGGCUAAAGACAGAGAAGGAACCAAACUCAGUCUGGCUGUAGCACACGCCGGCGUCCUUGUGUUUCAGGGACCCAACAGGAUCAACGACUUCAACUGGUCUAAAAUACGCAAGCUGAGUUUCAAGAGAAGGAGGUUCCUGAUCAAACUGAGAGCAGACCCUAGCCAGAAUGUUAAUCAAGAUACUCUGGAGUUUCUGAUGGCGAGUCGGGACUGCUGUAAAAUGUUUUGGAAGAUCUGUGUGGAGUAUCACGCCUUCUUCAGGCUCUUUGAGGAGCCCAAACCCAAACCUAAACCGGUGCUGUUCAGCAGGGGCUCAUCCUUCAGGUUCAGUGGGCGGACACAGAAGCAGGUGAUAGAUUAUGUGAAGGAAAAUGAGUUUAAAAAACUGCCCUUUGACAGGAAACAUAGUAGAGUGCAGUAUAACAGCAGCCUGUCACCUCUGAGUCACCAAGUGCCAAAUCAAGCUUUCAAGCAGAGCUGGGAGGGCUCAUUUUAG